AUGUCAAGACGAACCACGCGAUCCACAAAAACAGCAGCGGCAGAAUUCACGCCAACAGCGACGACAACGCAAGCCAAAGCGGCUAGACCGUCGACAACCAUCCCCGCUCCGGCCCACCUCUUCGAGGACGCCGACGCCUGGGAUGCAUGGCUCGAUACCAACCACGGGACCGUAACAGCAGGAAUCUGGCUCAAGAUUAGCAAGAAAGGGGCGCCCGUCCCCUCCGUCACGUACGACCAGGCCGUCGACGCAGCGCUGUGCUGGGGGUGGAUUGACGGGCAGCGCAAAACACUCGACGAGACGCAUUUCCUGCAGCGCUUCACCCCACGGCGAAAGGCGAGCAUCUGGUCGAAGCGCAAUGUCGGCAAAGUCGCCGUGCUGGUGGAGGCGGGCAGGAUGCGACGCGCUGGACAGGCCGAAGUGGACGCGGCAAAGGCCGACGGGCGCUGGGACAAGGCGUACGCGUCGGCGAGUAUUGUCGAGGUGCCGGCUGAUCUCGCGGCGGCAUUGGACAGGAACAAAAAGGCGCGCAGUUUUUUUGAUGCGCUAGGAAAGUCGAAGAGGUACUCGUUUCUGUGGCGCCUCGAGACGCUGAAGAGGCAAGAGACGCGCAAAGCGAGGAUCGACGAGUUUGCUGCGCUGCUUGCGCAGGGGAAGACCCUGUGA